AUUAUUUAAAUUAUUAAAUAAUCAGGUUGGUGAUCAAAAAUCGAUGCAAACCGCAAAAGCACCAAGGAAAUAUUUAAUAACUUUAAUGAAUCAAUUACACUCCCAAUAUUUAAAAGAAGCUAAAAGCAGAGCUGUGUUAGUCUUUCAGCCAGUGUUGCAGAGGUCCACCUAGUUACAACAUUGCAUUCCUCAAAAAAAAAUGUAUAGUAUUAUUGUUCUUUUACGAUUAUCCGGAUCUUUAGUCAAAGCUGAGCCUUCCUUAACAGAAACGGACCCAGUUGUAAAAGACUCUUUGGCCAAAUGCAUUAAGGAAUACAAUUUGACCCUUCAAGAUUUCUAUGAUAGCAUCAAAAAGGGCCAACAUGACUCAAAAACAAAAGAAUUCAGCAAUUGUAUUUAUCAAGCAUUACAAUUAAUUAAUGAUAAGGGGAUAAUAAACAUUAACAAAGCGACAGAUUACAUUCGGCAUGAAUAUGGUGAUAAAGCGGAAGAUAUUAUAAAACAUUGUUUAAAUCAAAAAGAUACUCCUGUUGAGACAUCUUUUGGAGUAAGGCUUUGUAUUUCCAAUAUCGUCAAUAAUUAGUUAAUACAUAAAUACAAUUUUUUGUAAUCCCUAAAAAUUAUCUAUUUCAUGUAAUUUAGAGUAAAUUUGUUUCAUUUUUAUAUAAAGCUAUUUUCCUACUAACUCAUUUUGAACUUAUACUUUACUAUUAAUUUUUUUCUACCAUUUUUAUAUUGCUUUUUUACUGUAUCUGUAGACACUUGGUUAUAAAUAAACGAAAUAAUAACUAG